AUGGUUGUGAAUGAUAAUUUUGGUCUUAUGGCUUCUGCUACAAUCAUUCUCUCCUUUUCUUCUCUCUUCCUACACAGAAGAAUGAUGCUGGAUCUUCUGGGACCCUUUCCUCUCCUCCUCUUGCUGCUGGGAUCAUGGGGGCCAAGGCUUCCCCCUGGUGCUAUGGCUCAACUCACUAGGUUUCAAAUAUUUGAAAUUGAGCAUAUAAGAGCAGGUCCCGUACAAUGCAACAAUGUAAUGCGUGCUGUUAAUAGUCUUACUCAGCACUGUAAACCUCAAAACACCUUUCUGCAUGACACCUUCCAGAAUGUGGCUGCUACCUGUCUUUUGCCCAACAGGACCUGCAGGAAUGGCCAGAAUAACUGCCACCAGAGUGCAAAUCGUAUUGGCAUGACUUACUGCAGUCGCACUGGAGGGACAUAUCCCAACUGCCGCUACAGUACUACUCCCCAGAAUCAGUUCUACACUGUUGCCUGUAACCCCCCUCAGCCUAGCGACCCUCCCUAUCCUCUAGUUCCUGGGCACUUAGAUUAAGACUAAGGUUUUCUUUACAUUCCCUCUCACCUGGUGCAGUUUCUCUCAUAAUAUCUAUCUUCUGCCUUUCUUUCCCUUUGUUGAUUUUCAUGGUUCCCACAGAAGAAAGAAGAAGGGGAGUGGACAGAGUUGUGGACAAGAGCAAUCAGAUAUUUUUCUGCUUUGGAGCUCUGUGUGUUUUGAAAGAAAGCAACAGGGAAGAGGGCAAAGAAAGACCCAGGCCCCCUAGUUUCAAUCUUGAAACUUCUGUCAAGCUUUGUUGCAUUGUGUUCACAGCAAUAAAAUCACUUUCUGUUGCACUGUAA